AUGACUUUCCAAGAAAGUAAGGGGAUGAAGUUACCGAGUGCUUACGAGAGCAUUUCAGUGAUUGAUUCUUUUGAUAUUGUUGAUGAAACUGUGGAAUUCAAAAUGGAAGAAGAAUGUUUGGGAGAAGCUCUUACUGCUAUUCUAGUAAAUUUUGAUGCUAAUGACAUGGAGGGCUAUGUGGUGACGGUGAAUUCUCUUGACAACAAAUGGGUAAGCCCGGUACAACGCGUUCCAAAGAAGGGAGGUAUCACAGUGGUACCUAAUGCUAAAAACGAGCUGAUUCUGACUCGUAUUGUUACUAGGUGGCGUGUUUACAUGGAUUAUAGGAAGUUGAAUUUAGCAACUUGCAAAUACUAUUUCCCAUGCCUUUUAUUGAUCAGAUGCUUGAUCGGCUGGAGGGAAGGUCUUACUAUUGCUCCUAGACGGAGGUGUAUGAUGUCGAUUUUCUCAGACAUGAUGGAAGACUUCUUGGAGGUCUUUAUGGAUGAUUUUUCUGUGGAGAAGUGCCAUUUUAUGGUGAAGGAAAGGAUCGUUCUUGGUCAUAAAAUCUUUGAAAAUGGGAUUGAGGUCGAUCGGGCUAAAAUUAAUGUGAUUUCAAAGCUUCCUCCACCCAUUUCAGUUAAAGGUGUCCAGAGUUUCUUGGGACAUGUUAGGUUCUAUAGGCGCUUUAUCAAAGAUUUCUCCAAAAUCUCGAAUCCUAUGUGCAAGCUUCUUGAGAAAGAGGCUAAGUUCGAGUUUGAUGAAAAGUGCCGAAAGAGGCACAACAAAAUCAUUCACCCAAUAUACUAUGCCAGCAAAAUGUUGAAUGCGACACAGAUGAACUACACAGUGACUGAGCAAGAGCUGCUUGCUAUAAAAGAAGCGAAUCCGCGGCUAAUUCGAUGGGUCCUGCUGUUGCAAAAGUUCGAUUUUGAGGUAAACGAUCGAAAGGGGAUUGAAAAUCAGGUUGUUGACCAUCUCUCACGGCUUGAAGAAGCUGGGAGACCUUCAGAGAAGUUGGAUAUUAAUGAUGCUUUUCCAGAUGAGCGGGUUCUAGAAAUGACAGCUGAGAUAACACCUUGGUAUGCAGACAUCGCCAACUUUUUUGUGAUGAGCAUUAUUCCAGAUGAGAUUAAUUCAUACCAGAAGAAAAAGAAGUUUUUGAGAGAUUCUCGUCAGUAUUACUGGGACAAGCCAUAUUUAUUCUGA